AUGAAUACCCCUCCGCAUCAUGAGCCACAACAGCCAGAUGUUUUCAUGCAGAGCACACAGAUUUCGCCCUCCAAACUCCUUUUCUCAUCCAAAGAAUCAAAACGAGUAUGUUUUUACAAAAGUGAAGACCCGCAUUUCUCUGGACACUGGCUAGUAAUCAACAGUCGUAAAUUUAAGACCUUUGAUGCGCUUCUGGACGCCCUUUCAAGCAAAGUGCCUCUACCGUUUGGGGUUCGCACCAUCACAACACCUAAAGGUAGACACACUAUCCAGAGCUUAGACCAACUGCAGCAUGGGGCUUCUUAUAUGUGCUCAGAUCAAAGAAAGGUCAAACCACUGAACCUGGAUGAGAUCAAAAGGACACACGCUCCUUGGAACAGCGUCAGACCUUCUAGCACAGGACGUCAGGGACGCAGGGGACUGAUCCGGCAGCUGGUGAAGAAGAACGAAGUGGGCAGGAUGGCAAAAAAGUCUGACAGUUCUGUGACAGUUUGGACAUCAAAAAGGAUGGUGGUUUUUAAAAACAGGGAUCCUAGCACAAAGCAUGUAGUUGUGUUGCAGAGGAGGACAGCUCCAAACUUUGAGGCUCUCUUGGAAUACCUCUCUCAAGUGAUGCAGUUCCCUGUGGUUAAGCUAUACACCGCUAAUGGCAGACGUGUUGAAGGUCUGUCAGCCCUGAUCCUGUGCUCUGAUGUCAUCGUAGCAGCUGGCAAUGAACCCUUUCAACUAGCCAACUUCAAUUUCCAGGCCUCUACUCAACCCUCACAUUUAGUCAUAUCUGAAUCCACGGUGCCAACAAAGACACAGCCAUUGCCACAAGUUCCGCAAAAAUCCUCUCGACCAAGGUCAAGAAAUUUCUCUUUGUCAUCAGAGAAAUAUUUUGUAAAUCAGUUGAAUAUGUCAUUAAAUGGAAGUCACUCCGGAGAGAAUGAAAAAGGAAAAGUAGGAUCAUUGAACAAACAAACACUAGAAUCAGAAGAGAUGUCGAAAUGUGACUUUAUGUCUGGUACAGAAGAAAGGACUAACUUAAUUAUGCCUUCAGAUGAUGAGAUUGAGAAAUCGUUUCGUGUGAAUCAGGAUGGCAGCAUGACCGUGGAGAUGAAAGUUCGUCUCACUAUAAAGCAAGAGGAGAUGAUUCACUGGACCACCUCAGUGAGUCGAACCUGUGCUAACAGCCAGGAGAUGGCAGCAUUCCCACAACCAGUCUUAAGCUACAACUCCACAGACAUGUCAAAGAUAGAUAGCUAUGAAUCCAAAGAUUAUAGUACACAAAUUUAUAAACCUAUCAAGUUAAAUAAGGACGAAGAAAAUCACUGUACAAGUGCUAUAAAUUCAAAACCAUGUUUCAGGAGGCUGCCCACUCCAGGACCUAGGCAUGUCAGAAGGAAAGGAACUUCAGUGAAGAAUACAAACAGACUAUCACAAACUGAGGUUCAGGAAAGCGUAGUUGGUACAUGCUCAUAUGUGGAGCACACAACUGAAGCUGAUCUACCGGAAGGGUACUGUGUUGUCAGUCAUAGCAGCUCUAGCAGUACAAGACCUAUACCAAAACCCAGGAAGAAAAAGAUGGGAGAAGCCAAGCACAAUAGGAAUUAUUCUUCUGUCUCAGGGAUGGCAGAGGUUCUUCAGCUGCACAACAAAGGAAACCAGAUGACAGAAACUGUAAUGCAUAUUUAUCAGUCACAGGAUACAUGUAAAAAUAAUUUUGAAAACCCCUGGGCUGAUGUGGAUGACAGGUUCGAAUUUGUGUCUCAAGAACCCAAAAAGCCAGAUCGUCAAUCUUCAAGCAAUGAUUGUGACACUGGUCUUAACAAACCAACAGCAAGUUCUUAUUCUGGGAAUGCUAGGAACAAUAAAUGCAACAAUUUACUAUCUGGCCAAUCAGAUCUUUCACAAGCAAUAAGCAACCAUGCAUCCUCAUUCACCAAUUAUGAAAACCAUGCUGGGUGUGAACCCUCAAUCAAUGAAGUGGACGCUUUCAAUAACGAGGACUCUAAAAAUAAAAAAAAAUUAUGUAAAAAGCCAAAAAUGGCACAAAAAUCUGAACAGUCAAACAAACAUAAGUGUUUGAAAUGCAAUAAAACACAGAAAGGCAGCGUUCCAGACUUUUUGAAAGACCUAAAGAACAGCGGCUCUCCAGAACGUCAAAGCUGUACAGAAAGUGAUAACUAUGGGCAGACGAAUAAAAAGACAAAGAAAGGUCAGUCACCUAAGAAGGUUCAAACAUGUCAUUGUAACACGCUGAGAGACACAUCUCAAAAUUUAGGUUGUACUCACAUCCUAAGGCCUCACAUGAAGGAAGAAUUAGACAUCAUCUUAUCAUCUCAUUCAGCACCUUUCCAUAUUCUGACGAAGCAUAGGUCUGUGAAUGGCAGCAAAACAAAAUCUCCUAAAGAGAGCAAGGAGUUGAGUGAAAGUGUUUCUAUGCCAGUGCUCCAUUCAUCUCCCUACAAUGUGCACGAGUAUGUGAAAAACUGGCUAGAAAAAAAUCACCCUGAAUCAGUGUCCUAUAUGGAUGAGUUAGACCUGCAUGAAUCUAGAGCUAGGUUCCAGAUUGAAAGUGAUUUCUCAGAUAUUACAGAGAUGAGAAGUGAAUUAGACAAAGACAAUCUGGUGGAGAGCUGUGCCUCUUUUGAAGGUUCUGCUGUCAGUAAGCCAGUGUCUCAACAUCUUAGGUGUGGGAGAGAACCUAUGGAUACACAGAUCCUGAUAAGAUCAUGUAAAUCAGUGCCAAGUGUAAGAAUGCAUGCUGCUAAACAGGAGCUUGGCGCAAAAAAUAAUCGGUCUUCAGAAAACUUGGUUCCCCAGUUGCCAGAUACAAAGGUUGAAACAACACCAAACACACAGUUGAACCCUGGGUCAAGUAUGAAAGAUGUUUUGGAGCAGUUAUGUUUAUCAAGCCACUCUAUCAGAAGAGCCUGUAGUCAUUCCCAUCUAUCGUCUUUGAAGAAGAUGAAAAAAUCCAGUAGCCUUCCUGACUUCUCAUCACAGAUAGCUUCUGUUGUUGGCUCUCGAACGAAUGUUCUUCUCUACUUCCUGACAAUGAUGCCUCUGAGAAAUGAAAUCACCAACUUUACCAAAGACUCAAGUUCUGCCAAUGCAAAUAACUCAGGCUGCAAUCCAGAGGCUCUGCAGGUCAUUCAAUCCCUACAAAAAUUGGCCAGCAUAGAAGAUGAAGAAGUGUUUACAGCCAGCCUGGCAAGUCUCCUCAAUUCAACUUCAGCUCCAUUAAAAAAGAGCUGUAGAGAUUUCCAAAAGAAAAAUAAUUUCAUAGAAAGUCCUCCACUGUCAUCAAGACCGUCAGAGCAAGAGUCUGCACUUGAGGUCAACUCAGAAGAUGAUUAUAAAGAUAAAGGGCACAUUUUUGGUAUCAGAGAGGUAAUGGACAAUCUAAACAUGUGUGAGGAUCUACGCAGAGAGAUUUCCUCACUUGUUAGUGGUGAUCUGACAAAUUUUUACAGAGAAAAAAACACUAAGGAGCAUGUUGGUUAUGAAAAUGAAAACACAAGUGAGAGUAUUGCUUGUGAGAAUGAGAAUGGCACUUUGAUAUAUGAACCAGGGAAGUUCCUUGGAGAAGAAAGAAGAUAUUUAGAGGCGAGAGAAAGUCAAUAUGAUGAUAUUACAAACACUGUAUGUUCAGAUUUUUUCUAUAAAUGUAAAGAAUUGCGCGUUCUUGAAUCGAGUUCCCCUAAGCCAGCAAUUCUAAAUAAAGAAUUAUCUAUGGGAGAAACAGACAUAGUAAAAAAUGUCCAAAUUGAGGAUAUCACUAAACAAAAAGAACAAAGCAGAGCAGAUCUAUGCGAGGAAAAACAGGAGAUGAUAAACAAUGUGCAGGUGAUUGGGAAAAGGGUUAUAGAAGAUGAUAUAAGCCAUGUUGAUGAGUUUAAGGUGCUGGAUUACAGUCCAACUAAUCUGGAAGACAAAGUGGAAUGGCAGGAAAAUGUAGGUUGUAUGCAAUCUGGAUCUGAACUGCUUUCUCCCGUUUUAGAAUUAGAGGCAAAAGAUGGCAUAUCAAAUUCUGGGGUAAUUAAAAACUCUGUCAGUAAAAGGACAGAUUGUAGUGUCAUAAAUUCAAAGAUGGAAGAUGCGUACUCUGAAACUAGGGAACAGCCAGACAUAACAUCAGUGGCUUCAGAAACAGAGACUGUAGAAGCAAAACAUUCAAACAAUGGUACUAUCCAAUUAUCCAAGAAUGUAAUAGAGGAAGAUGCUAGAUCAGAGGCACCCGACUUUAGUGGUGAGGAACAUGAUCCAACCAGUGAUGAUAAUAAUGGUCCAACGAAGUUUGAUAAUAACAAUGACUGUGAAGAAACAAUGUGCAGCACAUCAGAAUGUGAAAAUCCAGCUGUCCAACCACAAAACUUCUCAUUGUCCGAUCAAGACGAUGAACCCUCUAACCACUACAAGUCAGCAUCUUGGACAUGGCAAGAAUCAGAAACUGAACCUGAGCUCCAGAAAUCAGAAGAGGAAAGUGUCACUAAGAAACAGGCUCAGGAUGCUUACGAGAACGAGGAAGAAGAAGAUGAGGAUGAAGAUUUUGAUGCAGAACCAAACUCGACUCUACCGCUGUAUCAAGAAGGUAAAUAUUCAGACCCCUCUAAGGCUUAUAAAGGCACUGAAGAGGAAGCUGGGCAUGACAUCCAGACACUGGAGGAUGAAAUUGUUAGUAAGGAGAAAGAUGAUGACAAGCAGACCACUGCAUUAGAUACUAACAAAGACUCAGAUACUCAGUCCCGCCAUUGUUUCUUGGAAGAUCCUUCUACCAAAGACCUUCUGAGGAGGGAAUCGUGUAAAAGCGAGAAAAAACCCAAAGCGCAGUCAGACGAUUCUCCACGAAUAGAAGAAGCCGACAUGAAUCACAAAUGUCAAUGUGUGCACCCUACGGUUUCCCCCCAGCAGCUGCUGGAUUUUGUCAACUUAGCACUGAAAUCCUCUGCACUGGUUUUUACAUAUGAUUUAAACGGCUGUCUACGACUUGAGCCAGACAAAUGCAAAAACAAAGCAAUGACUUUAACUAAAAGCAAUGUAGACAAUCAGUAUGCUAGGAGAUGUCUUCCAAGCCCCAACACAUCUGACCUCUCUGAUUACAGGACUGAUACAUCAGACGGUGGAGGUGACCCAUCGCAGGUUUCUUCUGAUCUUUUUACCGAGGGUGGAGAAGAUGAGGCAGAGAUGUUGUUCCUUUACCAAGACAAGAUGGAGCAAAGCUCUGAGAACAUCAACAGAAAAGCUAAAAUCCUGGAUAAUUGUACAAAGAAACAUCAUCCAAACACAAAACAAAUAGCUGGCUCUAAUUUAAGUAGCAUCAACAGUCAACACUCUUUUCCUGACUCCAUAGUUAACAGUACAAUGCAGAACCCAGUCUACUGUAACUCUUCAGACUCUACUGGGAAUUCUGAGCUUAAACAAUGUCUAGCCUGUCAUGUCACAACUGAAGGAAUCCUGAUAGAUAAUGGUAGGUGGCUUCUUAAAGAAGAUCACCUUAUUCGUAAAUCUCCUCCUGUUCCAACAGGAAUGUAUGAAAAUAUGGAUACAACAUCGGUUGACACAGGUCAAGAAAUCACAAGUGAGGAUGCCCCCUACAUAAAUCCUGGGAGAAAACCGUCCCCACUAACCGUCAUAUCAUCUUCUGAGGUGGAAGAAAUGACCAAGCCAUCAACACCCAAGUGUACAUACUUUAACACGACUCACAGUAGUGACUCCGACCCUUUCUUGGAUAACCAAAGCGUUAGCAGUAACAAAGAAAGAGGUUUCACUCGAAAAAGUAAGGAAGUAUCACCACUAGGAGAAAAAUCGAAAAUGCAGGUAAAGAAAAAUGGAAGCCUCAACUCUUUUGCAUCUGUGGAGUUUAAACUGUCCACUGGGAAAGUCCAUCCAGAGGACAGCAUGACUUCUAGUGUGGUGGAGAAAACUGCCAGAUCUCAGAGAUUACAGUGUAACACACCAUCAGAAGAAGAAUCGGUACAGGGUCUGAGUUUUAGAUGUGGACAAUAUUGUCCAAUACUAUAAGCAACAACUAUAUACUGUAUGUUACUUUCCACUUUGAAAUACUGAUUACUCUCUAAUCAUAUCAACAGAGUUUACUUCUCCACUUUGGAGCCUCUAUCAAAAAUAGUUCAUUGAUAAAACUUAAAAGCAGUUUAAAAGUUUGAGUGGAAUAUUGAAGGUAGGUGAAAAACCUAAAACUUUUGUUUUUGAAGCAUGAUAAUAUUCAAAGUAACAAGGAAACGUCAUAUAAGCCAUUAUGUAAUGUUUAUCUCAUAAAGGUCCAGAUGCAUUUUAAAUGGCUCAUAGGAAUUUGAUGGUAAUGAAAUAAAUCUUGCAAAAGGUUUUAGCAGUUUAAUCAAAACUAUUUUGGCUUUAUUGAAACGCCUAUCCAUCAUGUAAUGUAAAAAAAUAUAUAUAUAUUCCUACAUCGUGAAGUUGCUUUAAUAUGGAGGUCUAAAUUGAAAAGAAAAAAAUGUCUGAUCAAAAAAAAUUAUAAUUCUAAGAUUUCAAUCACCUUUAGCUUUGAUUACAGCACACAGUGUGGUGGAUAAUUCAUGUGUGAAAAUUAUUCCUCAUGCUCCCAGAAUCACUCUUUCACAAUUUGAGUCCUGGCAUAAGCCUUUACCAUCAGGGACGAAAACCUCUAUUAAUAACCUGGUCUUUCACUACAUUCUGGUACAACUGACUAUUUUAUUGUACUCU